AUGCAGCAAGGAAACCCUAGAAUUUGGAAAAUCAACAUAAAAAAUACCAAUGCCUCAAUUCAUUUGAUUCAAUUCUUACCGACACUACUGACAAAACAUCAGAAGUCUGUGUGCUACUUGCUGCAUUUUUUGAGUUUGAAAAUAUCCAAAAUGCCACGAAUGAAACACUUCCAUGAACCCUUUGACGAAAAAGAAGCUUUGAUCGAUGAAAAUUGUAACGAUGUUGAAAUUGUACCAACCUUCAAAUAUCCAAAAAGAAAACGAACGUUUCCAACAGUAACAAAGCUUCCAAAGUAUCUGCUACUAUUUUUUGGAAGCACAGUAAUAUGUUUGUGCAUUUUUUAUAUAUCGAGACCUCAGUUAAAUGACAACUUUGACCCAAAUAUAUCAGACAAGCGAAAAAUUCGAAUUUAUGAGGAUAUUAUUGAUGCUAUGAGAAAUCGAAAAAAGUCUGGGAAUUUUUAUAUAAAAAGACCAGAAACACAACAUGUUGAUUGUGGAAGAAUAUUGAACGGAGAUAAAGAGUACUUACAAACAUUUUCUAACAAUAAUCGAAUUCCACUCAUCAAAAACUCAUAUUUGAACAUGUCAUGCUCAUCUCUUCAGAGCAGAAUUCAACCUGAACAAUUUAAUUUCAAAACCUUUAAAUCUGGAAGUGUUGCUUUCGCUAGAAUCGUGUUUGAGGAUUACGAGUUUAUCGAGAAACAAGUUCAAAUGUCUUGGCACCCGGAUAACGUAUUUUGUUUUGUUAUCGAUACAAAAUCAUCGAAGGAAUUUAAAACAAAUAUGAAAAAAUUAGCUGAUUGCUUUGAAAAUAUAAUUGUACUACCAUCUAAACAUAGUUUUGAUAGUAGUGGGCAUAAUCAAAAUCUUGGCCAUACCGAAUGCAUGCAAUCUCUUCUUCAAUUCGAAAAUUGGACUUAUUUACUACUUCUUCAAAACCAUGACGUCAUUUCCAAAUCUGUCUACGAAUUGGCUAGAAUUUUUGAAAUACUCGGAGGAGCCAAUGAUGUGAAUAUUGGAAAAGAAAUUGAUCAGAGGCGGGUUCCAGGACUGAAAUGGGAUCCAAAAAACUUGAAGUUGUUUCGAAACGAAUCGGGACUCGAUGAUGAACUUUUGAAGAAACCAAUGAAAAUAGCCAGUGGAUAUGUACAAGCUUCAUUGUCAAGAGCAGCUGUUGAAUGGUUAAUCAAUACAGUGGAUUUAACAUUAUUCAUCAACCAGUUUGAUCGAACGAAAUAUGGUGGAGACGAGCAGCUGAUUUCCAGUUUUCAAGUGAAUUCACAAUUUGAAAUGCCUGGACACUUUACGGACGAGUGUUCCAAAUAUCGUUACGGGCAUGAUCAAAUCUCAAGAAUGACUCAAUGGGCUGGUGGUGAUGUAAAAAGGUGUGCCUCAAAAACCAUACGUCAUGGGAUUUGUCUCAUCGGAAUUGAAGAUUUCAGAGCUGUUUCUGAAAUGCCAGUUAUUAUGUUCAAUAAGAUGUUGCCAUCGUUUGACUACUCCAUAAUUGAUUGCACAGCUGAACUUCUUUUCAAUCGAACGUUCCUGAAUCAGACAAAUAUUAAAUUAAAUGAAAAGUACUAUGAAGAAAUGGUUACGGUUAUUUAUCACAAAGAUCACAAAAAUCCGGGUUAUCAUCUGAAUUGCACCCCCAGUCAUCAAUAUUGGAAAUAUGAAAAUUAUUUGUAACUUUUAUUGAAAAUUGAUUUUAAUAUUUCGAUCUUGUGUAAAAUGAUGAUUUAAGUACAAAAAUACAUAAACUGGCAUUGUAAUAAAAUUGACAGUAGAGAAACUAUUUAACUAAUUCAUAGUUCGUUCAAUUACAUAGAUAUAAAUUCAAAAAAUAAAAUAAAGGUUAAAGAUGUUU